AUGAUUGUGAUUCAUAACGUGGGGCACAGUUCCCCAACAGGGAGUAGGAGACAGUGGGCGAAGAGGAUUAAAUGGGGUGUUCUCUUGGUGCUGAUGGUCCUCAUCUAUGGCUCUCAUGCGCCACUCAUCACUCUCACCAAGGUAGACGGCCACAUCCCGUUCAACGCAUCCUCUUGUGUUGUAAUGAUUGAACUAGCUAAGCUUCUCAUCUCUCUGUUGAGUCUUAUUCUCACUGGAGGUGCAUCAGCCCUGCGUGUUCCCCCACGUCUGCUCCUCGUGGGCCCCUAUGCGGUCCCCGCCGUGCUCUAUGCCCUCAACAACAACCUGGUUGUUCUUAUGCAGGCCUACAUGGACCCAAGUUCAUACCAAAUUCUGUCUAAUCUUAAAAUAGCCUCGACUGCAGUGCUGUACUCCCUCUGUCUGGGCAAGAGGCUGCGGCGUGCUCAGUGGUUCGCUGUGGGACUCCUCGUGGCUGCAGGGGUGUGCCACAGCUACAGCAGCCUGGCUCUAGAGGACGUCGAAGGUGCUAACGCUGAGGAAGGUCCCAGGCUUCACGUCACUGCUUGGGGGCUUUUCCUUGUGCUGCUGUAUUGUUGUGUGUCAGGGCUGGCUGCAGUUUACACAGAGAGGGUGCUGAAGAGCCAGAAGCUGCCCCUCAGUCUGCAGAAUCUCUACCUCUAUUUAUUUGGAGUGGCCAUUAAUGGCCUGUCCUCUUUGUCCUCUGUAACAGGUGACAAAAGCUUUCUGGAGGGCUACUCGUGGGUGGUUUGGGUCAUCAUUGCAGGGCAGGCAGCUAAUGGGCUCCUGAUGUCCGUGGUUCUCAAGCACGGCAGCGGGAUCACCAGACUGUUUGUCAUUUCCUCCUCCAUGCUGGUCAAUGCUCUGCUAUCCUGGCUCAUCUUAGGUUUGCAGCUCACUCCUUUUUUCCCCCUACCUGUUACUUUGAUUGGACUGGCAGCUUGUCUUUAUUACAGAUACUAGAGUCUCGAUCAAAGGAACCACAAGGCGUGUUUAGUCUCAAAAGAGCCAUCAAUGGAAACCUUUUGAAACUCUGCUCUGUGGGUUUUCUGCUUCGAUCAAUCUGCCUUCUGAACUGUGAAACUGGACUGAACUCCACUGCAUAUUUAAUAUGCAAUUCCAGAAGUGUUAAUAAAUGGCUUUUGUUUGUUUUGACACUGUCAUAUACAUGUAUCUAAUUUAUGAUCUUGUUACACUUUUAAAGUAAAUGUAUAUGAUGAUGCAAGUAAAUAGUCUAUAUUGAGUUAAAGAUGUCAGAGUGCUGCUUUAUAUAAAAUUCUCUGUAAAGAAUUACAUCCAGCAUAGUGUUAUACAUCAUGUUAAUAACCAAUAAAUUGUUGAAACCAUUUAUUUACUCAGU